AUCAUUUCCUCAUUUACUGCACAGCUGCGGAAGGCUGAACACGUUUACGGAAUAAAACGCUGAAGGACUUUUUUCAUCCAAACUUUAAGCUUCUCGAAUGGAGAAUGUUAUGAUUGUGCGAUUAGGAGUUAUUGUUUUGCUCUGCCAGGUGUUUUCGUGUGGAUUCGCGGAGGAGUCAUCAUGUACACCUGGAUUUGAUUCGGAGUUGUUGGUUUUUAAAGUUCACAGAGAGCACCUUCACAGAGGGAAAAGACUAGGAAGAGUAACUUUCAACACCUGUGAUGGAAGAUCGAGAACACUCUUUCAGUCCGUUGACAAGCGGUUUGAUGUGAACAUGGAUGGAACUGUAACACUGAAAAGACAAGUUACUCUCCAUGAAGGCCACAAGGUGUUUUCUUUGAACGCUUGGGACUCCAGUGGCAAGAAACAUACAGUAUUUAUCAGAGUUGAGCGUGCACAUGAUCAUGAGGUGCAUCACAUGGACACGGUGGUGCACAGCACUCCACAGACGGAAUCUCCCUCCGAUGUUCCGGUUCUGACAUUUCCAAAGAUUUCAACCGGUCUUAAGAGGAGAAAGAGAGGUUGGGUUAUUCCUCCGUUCAAUGAACCAGAAAACAGUAAAGGUCCAUUCCCGAAAAAGCUCGUCCAGAUAAAGUCAGAUUAUGCUAAGGAAACUCGGAUGGUGUACAGUAUCACAGGUGAAGGGGCAGAUCAGGACCCUAAAGGACUUUUCACCAUUGACAAAUUUACAGGGAAUCUAUUUGUGACUCAGCCGCUCGACAGAGAAAACAAAGCUUCAUACCGUCUCAUAGCUCAUGCUGUUGGAGCUGAUGCGGAUAUCACUGAGACUCCCAUGGAAGUCAUUGUCAACGUAAUUGACCAAAAUGAUAACAGCCCUGUGUUUACUCAAAAUCCUUUCAACGGAAACGUUCCUGAAGCUGCUUCCAAAGACUACGAAUUUAUGAAGGUGACAGCCACUGAUGCCGAUGAGCCCGAUAAUGACAACUCUGAUGUCAGAUACACAAUUGUGAGCCAGGAUCCAGCACUUCCAAAACCCAAAAUGUUUGACAUCAACACUGUAACUGGAGGGAUCCGCGUGAUCGAAACCGGCUUGGACAGAGAGAAACAUCCUAAAUAUACUUUGGUCAUUCGAGCUGCUGACAUGGCUGGAGAAGGUCGUUCAACCACUGGCACAGCUGUCAUUACAGUGACUGACAGCAAUGAUAACGCACCCCAGUUUGAGCAAAGCACUUUCACUGUAUCUGUACCUGAGAAUAAAGUGGGUGCUGAAGUGGCCAGACUGCCAGUGACUGAUGAAGAUGAACCUGGAUCACCUGCCUGGUCAACCAAGUAUCGAAUCGUUGCUGGUGACAAAAGUGGAUUUUUCAAUGUCAGUACUGGACCCAGCCAGCUAGAGGGCAUCAUUACCACUGUCAAGCCACUGGACUUUGAAAAGAACAAACAAUACAUUCUGUCUGUGAUUGUUGAGAACAUUGAUCCAUUUGUCGGCUCAUUGCCCACUUCCACUGCCACAGUCACUGUGAAUGUAGAAGAUGUGAAUGAGCCUCCAGUGUUUAAUCCAGCUGAGAAGGUCAUUUCCAAACCUGAAGAUCUUCCAGUUGAUAGUGAAUUGGUUACGUAUACAGCCACUGAUCCAGACAUUGGAAAAUCACAGAAGAUAUCGUAUAAAAUCGGCAACGAUCCUGCCGGCUGGCUUAAUGUAAAUAAAGAUACCGGAGCGAUCAAAGUCAAGAUCCUUAUGGACAGAGAGUCUAGCUUUGUCAAAGAUGGAAAAUACAAAGCUAUCAUUUUGGCAACUGAUAAUGAUACAGAAUUUCCAGCAACUGGCACCGGAACCCUGAUAAUUGAAUUGGAGGAUGUGAAUGACAAUGCUCCAUCUGUUAAUGAAAGGAUUAUUAAGAUUUGCAAUCGUGAGUCAGUACCAGUCAAUCUCUCAAUAACUGAUAAAGAUGGAAAUCCUUUUGCUGCUCCGUUUAGUGUUGAAACCCUAGGAGACACGAGUAAAAACUGGACUGCCGUAAUGAAUGACACCGCAACCGGCAUUGUGCUGAUGCUGAAGACUCCAUUGGAACAGGGUGACUACAAUGUAGUCCUGAGGGUUUAUGAUCAGCAGGGACUAUCCCAGGACAGCUCCAUUCAAGUAUCUGUGUGUGACUGCACAGGACAAGAAGUCAAAUGCAAUGAAAAGCUAGCUGUGGCAGGGUUGCCACUUUCUGGAGUUCUUGGAAUCCUGGGAGCCAUCUUGGCUCUGCUGUUGCUUGUUCUUCUAGUUCUCUUGUUCCUGAGGAGGAAAAGGGAGAGUAAAAAAGAGCCACUCCUCGCUGAAGAUGAUAUUAGAGACAACAUCUACUAUUAUGAUGAGGAAGGCGGUGGAGAGGAUGAUCAGGAUUAUGAUUUGAGUGUGCUGCAUCGAGGCCUUGACAAUAGACCUGAAGUGUUCAGAAAUGACGAGGCUCCCACUUACUUUGCUGCACCUCAAUAUAGACCUCGACCUGCCAACCCUGAUGAGAUUGGCACCUUCAUUGAUGAUAAUCUAAAGGCCGCAGAUAACGACCCCACUGCACCCCCCUAUGACUCCCUCUUGGUGUUUGACUAUGAAGGAGGCGGCUCAGAUGCAGGUUCUCUCAGCUCCCUCAACUCUUCUAGCUCAGGAGCGGAUGUAGACUACGACUUCCUCAGUGAUUGGGGCCCACGCUUCAAGAAGCUGGCGGACAUGUAUGGAGGAGGAGAGGAUUAAGUCAUCUUCAUUAGAGUUUUAUUUGCAAGGCUUGUUUUUCUCCUAAUGCAAGAGGCACAUGGAUCAUUUAAAUAUGGAAAAUGUUUUAUACAAGUUUCACUUUAUGGUCUGGUGAUUUGCAUGUUAUGUUUAACGUUGGAACUGGAUUGAUAGCACUGUUCACCUCAAGGAAAGAUUCGUAGACCUCCACAAGUGUUUCCUUUUUCCUGGGAGCAGUCUUGGCAGGAACUUGGCUGAAAUGUUUUGGGUUUUUUUCUUUUUUACGAAGCUCCCACUUGAAAAAGAGAGGACUAUGUAUUGUAAGAUUGAUCUAUGGGUAAGGAGCUGUAAAACAGCUCAAGAUGCUGGUCUUAAAUUUUAAGCUGUUUACUUAACAUACUUUAUUCAAAUUAAUGAUUUUGUAAAAUGAAUUUCCUUCAACUUUUUGUUAACUUCCACUACUUUGGCAUUAAAGGAUAAUGCACAGCAUGAACGAUACUGUCAAUUUUCCUUUUUUUUGAAAAGCACUGAUGUCAGAGUGGUGACUUUUUUUUAAAUGUUUGCAGGCAUCCCUUUCAUUUUACUGAACUGCAAGAAUGUUAAUGACUUUAUGUAUUUUUCAUUCUUUAUGUACAUGUUAUAUGCUUGUUUAGACUAGUUUUACAAGGUUCCAUAUUUUAUUAAACAAGUUACUUGAA